CUGCAUAAUGGGAUACACACCUGGUAUAUAAACUACAAAGCAAAGAAGUUUGUAGUUCAGCAGAGUGCCAUUGGAUUCUUUCGGAGAUCACAGAAGGAUUACAAAUCCCAAUGAAGCCCAUCAUCAACCUCUCCUUGUUACUGAUUAGUCUUCAAGUCCGUUGUCAGCAGCUCCCAGAACACCAUGACUACCAGGAGGAUCACGAAGAUAAAACUCCAUCUGAACAUCAUCAUCUUGCUUCGGCAGAAGAACAGGAGCUCGCAUCCCCAGACUAUCAUAAGAUAGUUUCCAGUAAUGCUGACUUUGCAUUCAGACUCUACAGGAACAUAGCUUCAGAUGCAGCUGCCAAAAAUAUUUUCUUCUCUCCCUUCAGCAUCUGCACAGCUUUUGCAUUGCUGACCUUAGGUGCCAAAUCUGAAACCAAGGGUGAGAUUUACAAAGGACUUGCUUUUAACCUGUUGGAAAUUAAGGAGAAGGAGAUACAUGAAGGGUUCCGGCAGCUCAUGCAUAUGCUUCACCAGACAGAUAGCAAAGCACUAGUGAACCUAGGAAAUGCCUUGUUUAUGGAUCAGUCCUUGAAAUUCUUGCCAACAUUCCUGGAGGAUGCCAAAGCCUUCUAUGAAGCAGAAGGCUUCUCUGUGGACUUCAAUGCUUCCAGAGUGGCUAAAAAACUGAUAAAUGAUUAUGUGCAGAACAAAACUCAUGGAAAAAUUUCCCAUGCUCUUGAUGAACUUAAUCCAGGCACUGUGAUGCUUCUUGUGAACUACUUGUUCUUCAAAGCUUCCUGGAAAAAUCCUUUUGAUACUCACUUGAUCAGGGAAAAAACUUUCUUUGUGGAUGCAAACACUACCGUGAAAGUCAACAUGAUGCAUCGAAAAGGCUACUACAAGUAUCUCCAUGAUGAAGAGCUCUCCUGCUGGGUGGUCGAACUUCCCUACAAAAGCAAUGCAGUAGCAUUCUUCAUUCUGCCAGAGAAUGGGAAACUGGAGCACGUGGAAAGUAAUUUGGCAAAAGAAAGUCUGUCUAAAUGGACAAAAAACUUUAGAUAUGAAAAUAUAGCUCUGUUCAUCCCCAAAUUAUCCAUUACUGCAUCCUAUGAUAUCAAAACUGUGCUGCAGAGAAUGGGUAUGACUGCGAUCUUUAAUGACAGUGCUGAUCUGUCUGGAAUUACUGGACAGCGAAAUCUGAAGGUUUCUAAGGCUCUUCACCAUAUUAUGCUGGAUAUGAAUGAGAGCGGCACAGAAGUGGCAGCUGUCACCACGAUAGAGUUCAUGCUGCGCUCUGCCUCGCCUCAUCCGCUGCUUGUCCUCAAUUUCAACAGACCUUUCUUGAUUAUCAUUUGGCAUACCCAAACGGACAACAUUCUGUUCAUGGGGAAAAUUCUGAACCCCACCAAAAAAUGAACAUGAGGAGAAAACAACAGCCUGCUGAGCAUUGAAAAAUGAAGAAUUUUUCAUCCCUUCUGCUUUACAUGGGCACCAGUUCUUUUCUGAGAGAAUAAGAAUGGGUGCAGAACAUUUUUUGUAAUAAAACUGAUGCUAAAACUCUGCACUCUCAUAGAUUAACUUUACGUGCAGCUAUUUUAAAUCUGUAACACAUUUCUUCCCUUGAAAGAACUCAAGCCUUCCUAGGUCAACUACAUAAAAAGCCGGUUCCUAAGGAAUGGUGUCCUAUGGAAACAAAUGGGCAGGACUACACCCAAAGGGUCAGACAUGAUUUUCACUGAGUCGUGUUUAUUUCUAUGGGACCUAGAGACAGCAACUGCCGAACCCCAUGCAGAGGUCUGGGUUUGUGGUCCUCCCUAGCUCUUAGCUCUUUGUGGGCAAGAAUUUGUGGGCAAGUAAUAGAUGCCUUCCUAAUCCAGAUUUCUGCCAGAGUGCAGGAUGGAUCUUCCAUUGCUCUAAAAACAACAUGCCCCACCCCAAAGUGCCUGAAGGACAUUU